GUGUUUUCAUUUGGCCUCAUAUUUGUUCUUCACCAUCUGGAGAUGUUGGGAGAGGCCCACACCAGUAUUACAAUAUCAGUCAUGUGUGUGGCCGGACUGUUUUUCAUCCCUGUCAUUGGCCUCACUGGAUUCCAUAUAGUGCUGGUUGUUAGAGGCCGCACCACCAAUGAGCAGGUGACGGGGAAGUUCCGUGGAGGUGUUAAUCCUUUUACCAGAGGAUGCUGUGGAAACAUACAGCAUGUGCUAUGCAGUCCAUUGUCACCCAGGUAUGUGGUUGAACCAAAGAAGAGGCCCCAAAUCACACUGAAACCUCCAUUCAUUCGUCAAGAUCUGUCAGAAAGGCAGAUAACUGUCAAGAUUAGCGACAAUGGCAUCCAAGCUAACUUGCACCGUUCCAAGUCCAAAGGUAGUCUAGAAGGCAUAAAUGAUAAGUCUCUGGAUAUACAGCCACCUCUACCUCCUAAAGGUGACCCCACCAUAUAUUCAGACCUGAAGGGACCUCUCGGAAACAGUGAAGUGAUAGACAGUGGAUUAUCACCAAAAAUGAUCAGCCCUCCGACUCCAGUCAUGUAUAAAUAUCGUCCAGGGUUUGGAGCAAACCCCAAAGUUCACUACCAUCCAGCCACAGAACAGAUUGCUAUGCAAGAAAAUCUAAAGAACAGCAUUUUAUUAGAGGAAGAUUGCCGCAGUCACGAUUAUCAGUCGGAGCCCAACCUAGAUCUCCAAGAAUAUCGUAAAAACUCAUUACACAAGUCUUACCAGUCAUCCCCUCUGCAGCUAGACAGCUUCACUGCCAACACUCGCUCGUUAAGCCUGAAGAAUACGGGGCGUCGUGAGUCAGAGAAGAUUCCACUUCAAAUGGUGAAAUCUGAGGGUGACCCACAUACUCCGUACAAGAGUGUUUUUUCGCCCAAUGCCCUGUCUAAUCGCAAUGGGAGCUUAUCUUAUGACAGCUUGCUCAACCCAAUGUCUCCAGCAUCUGCUAAAUGUACUGCACACACUGCCGCUGGUUCUGUGGGAUACCACUCACCAUAUAUGUCUGCCAAAAUGUGCCACCUACGAGGAGCAGAGCGCCAACCGGUGCAAAGUUUCAGCCCUGUACUGAGCAGGGCGUCUGGACAUCCGAGAGAGCCUUCCCCUGUGCGCUAUGAUAACCUCUCCAAAUCCAUUAUGGCCUCUAUCCAGGAAAGGAAGGAAAUGGAGGAACGGGAGAAGUUGUUACAUUCUCACACAGAUUCUGUGUUUGCAGACUCAGGGGUCUAUGAUACCCCGAGCACAUACAGCCUACAGCAGGUCAGCUCACUCUCAGAGAAUCCACGUACUGCUCCAGGACGGUAUGGUUCUAAGGACAAUCUGCUGGUUGGGGCGGCUACUUUCAGUUCCAGAAAUCCUAUUCUUCAGUCCUCUGUAUCCUCUCUUUCCAGUGCAGUCUCCAGAGCACCUAGGACUUCCACCACCUCUUUACAGGCUGACCUAGCCAAUAACAAUAUACAAAGUCACCAACCCUUACAAGGGCGAGUGAGCAAUGGGUCCUACAAGUCCCCUGGCCAUCAAGCUCCAUCAUCACCCUCUGGUAUACCUAGGUCUCCCUCUUAUGGGGGAGCAAAAUCUGUCACAUUUCUUAACACCAUGGAAUUUGCAGAAGGACAUUCCAUCAUGGGUCAAAGGGAGGACCUGAAGAUGCCUCAUAGUAAGAUAAAUGGACAGCCAAAGGGAUUAUCGAGGCCUGAGUGUCGGCUGGGAUCCACGUCAAGCUCACAAAACACAGUGAGUCCUUCCAGGCAUUCUAGUGUUAAGAAGGUAACAGGAGUUGGAGGCACUACAUACGAAAUAUCCGUGUAG